UCUGAGCCCACCUCAAUCGGUCGAUCGUCACUUGAGCCCCUCCUCCCUCCCUCCCUCCCACUCACCCACAAUCCCUCUGUGGCUACUUCUGUUCGCCUUCUUAAACAAAUCAUGGUUCUUCUUUUUUAAAUCCUCUCUUCCUCUUCUUCUACCCUCUUGUUGCCCCUUAAUUCUUUGCGCAAAUCAAUUCUUUACCUUUCCCCGCACUCUCCAACUCGGUCGCGAUUUUUUCCAAAAUACAUCGCCACAGCUUGCACAUCAGCCACUCACCACAAAUUAACUGCUCGGCCAUUAUUUGCACCAAAAUUUCAUCAUGGUCGAGUUAAUUCCUUCCCUCGAGCCUCGCAAUCUGCUUCCACCACUGCUCGCCUGUCUCCCGACGGCUUUCGUCUCGUCACAGCCACCGCCUGCGCUACUACCGCUCUUGUCUCCAAUCAUUCGCCAGCGUGUCAAGAUCUUCACGACCGUCUCCGCCUCUCCCACUGAUUCGUGGCUUCGCUUGCUCUGCUGGGAUUCUGCAUCAGCUGAGCGCCUGCAAUCGUUGGUGGACGGUGCCAGCUUUGAGCCCCAUCCUGUUUCCGGAGAGAUCGACCUGCCGGACGAAAUCCCAGUGCGGUACAAAAGAGUUGAUGAGGAGACUUUGCAGUCCCAAGUUCAGCUACCCGAGUACAGCCUGAAGGUCAUCUAUGUCUGGUGUCCCGAGGACCAAGAAGGCGGAGGACCUGCAUGGCGGGUAGCAGAAGUCUUGCCACAGGACAGCAGUGUCGGCGAGGACGGAGCCUGGUCGAUCUCCAUUGGGGAGGCAAACGUUCACCAGAGUAACUUGAGAGCAGCGGGAAACGAUAGUCAAACAUUCAAAGCGAACACACAGAGCAACGGCAAGGAAGCACAAGAGGAGGAGGACGACGAUGAUUACUGGGCGCAGUAUGAUGCGACUCCUGGACGGACACCCGGAGUGAAGACGCCCGCGCCCAAAGGUGUCUCAUCUUUGCAGCAGUCUGACGCAGAUUACUACUCUCAGUACGACGAUGUACAGCCAGCUAUGGACAACCAUGAUCCCGAGGAAGAGCAACCCGAGAUUGGGCCAUCGUCGCUGAACGGCGAUAUGCUGGCCCGUCUACUGCAGCGGCAGGUCAGCGGCUCGGGUGCCGAGUCGUCUGCACACCCGGCCGAACACCCCGCAAGUGCGGCGAUGAACGGAGACUAUGCCAUGUCCUUGAAUCACCCUCGUCCUUCAUCCAUCUCAUCUGGCAGCUCUGAUCCUGUGGCCAAACUAGAACAGGAAGCAGAGAACCAGUCUGCCUAUGAAGUCGGAGUCAAACAGCACAUCAGCUCAAAUCUUAAGAGUUUGUUCCGACUGGCAAAGGCGACUGGUAUGUCUCGCAGCGAUUUCCAAGCCCUGGUCAAGACCGAACUGGAGUUGCUCAAUCUAUCGGACGGUGAGUGAAUCAUCUUCUCUACUCAUAUAUCAGGAUAUUCUUUCUUGUUCAUCUUUCCGAAAACCUUUUGGACCUGAAACUGUACAUACAUACAUUCCGCAUUGGGUCUUGCUUAAGCGUAAAGGGCGCAUGUUGAUUGCAUAUGCAUUGGAUAUCCCAGGGGUACAUUGUGUCUUUUCCCCCUUUUUUAUUUGUAUCUAUUUAUUUAUUUAUUCAUUUUUUUGGUUUGAUGUUAUUUCGCGACAUACAGGUUUACAAUAAAUUAGCCAAAUAAAG